AUGGUAUUCAGCGCCAACGGCAUCUGCUGCAGUCUCCGACUGGACCAAUCACGCGUUUUCCUCCCGUCAACACAACAGACCGAGACGAAACCUUCAAUAUCCGGCACUCUCUGCCUAUCACUUUCGGGUGACACUCCAAUUCGGGGCAUUUCCGUCCAGGUAAAAGGACAAACAAAACUACCGUUCCAGGAAGGCAUAAUCUCGUCAACAAGCCAUGAAGAGGUUACAUUCGUCAGAUCCCAGACCCUGGCGUCGUCAAAGAAAAUGGCAUCGUUCAUCCUGCCUGCCGGUAAAUACGAAUUCCCGUUCGAUGUUCCGCUAGACCCCAACAUGCACGAGACGAUCGCCGGCCCGAACCACGAGUACCACUCCUAUAAAGUAUACGGAAUCAUUGAGCGACGGUUCUAUCGCAACCACGUGGUUUCGGAACCAAUCCGGAUAUAUAGACCUGCCGUGGAGGAUUCAAGUGUGAUUUUGCUUUCGGAUCCAAGGGUGGCCGAAGACCUCUCCGAAGCGACCAUCCCAUACAGCAUUUCGAUUCCCCACAAGAAGAUCCCCUUCGGAUCCACGUUCCCCGUCAAUUUCUGGAUGGCGCCUUUAAACAAAGGUCUGAAGAUGAAAUCAAUCAAUCUCGCGGUAGUUGAAAAACAUUCCAUCAAGAUCGAAGCGCCCGCAGCAUACGCCACACGAUACGGAGUGAGACAUCUUACCUCGGCAAAAGAUCACAUCCUCUUCACUGAACACCAUGAAGAACACGAAGACGACUAUCUAGCUCCCGCAUCGGAAUGGUAUGAUAUCGAGUGGAGCACAACCAAGGCCGUGUCGUUACCGAAGAGUCUGAAUGAAUGCACACAGCGCGUCAAAUCAAACCAUAUCCAAAUCCACCAUGAACUGGUCUUCACGGUCGAGCUUCUGCAUGCGGAGGGCCGUCGAACCUUGAUCAGAGGAUCCCUCCCUUUCAGCAUCGUUAUGCUACCAGAGUUAAAUACACCAGACGGAGCGGUUUGCGGUUUCACUCUCGAACAAUUUCUGCAUGACUACGACUCCCCUCCGCCAUUGUACGGCGCUCAUACGAGUGAUCCCAUGUUGACCGGCAAUCUCGCGGGCGUGGAAUCAAGUAGCGAAGGCCAGAAUGAAUCACUCACGGCCCCCGCAGAUUUACCUUGGGCUCCCUGCUACGAUCUGAUUUUUGGCUGCUCGCCUGACUACGAAACCCUCAGUCUGCCGCAGGGUCUAGUGUGAAAGCUGCCAUCCAACCUCAGGAUGAUCAAUUAUGAACCCACGCUACGGAAUUAUCUGCUUAAAGCAGAGAAACAGGCUACAAAUAGCCUGAACUCGACAGGAAUCCCAUCAGAACCAGCCAGACAGGUCAGCUCUGGCAACUCACCACCAGCUCGGGUGCUACGACCUAGUGGUUUCCAUGUCUGCGCUUGCAGGGCCUGCACUAAACGACGGGAUUGUCCAUGAAGCUUCAGCUAUUACCCAGAACAUGGCUCUCCAAUCUCCCCGAGUUCGGAUUGCGGUCCGAGAAAUGUAAAUCGAAUCUAAAGAUGUACCGCGGAAGAAAUAUGGUCCUACUACCAUCAUUACUAGCCUUUGCUAUCUCAACCAUUCAGUGCCAAAUGAUUCAUCAUUUGUCUGGAAAAACCUAUCUAAUUACCUUCU